GAUGGCUCCUCCUGAUGUGCAGUUACUCAAAUGGCUGGAGGAAGUAUCGCUUGAUGGAAGUGAACUUGAUGACGAUUUGGGUGUAGAUAUCGAUUCAGAUGAUAGUGUGGCUGAUCCCACUUACGUCGAUGAUUUCGCCUAUGACAUGCAGUAUAUUGAUGUAUCUAAUGAAAAUGAUGUCAAUCAAUCCACACCGACUGAUGUUCAUGAAGCUGUAGACACGUCGCAAAAUGACGAUCAAUUGGCUUGUGAGAACUGGAUAAUUACGCCAUCGGCAUCGGUUAUAAGGG